AAUUCUCUCGAUCUGCAUGUGCUUCAACCACCCUGUGCUCAGCAGAGACGCGCUAUAAGACCCUAUCCCAUUCCUAUAUAUACCUGCCCUCUCUUCUCUUGCAUUGUACUCCAUUGUUGUUCAUUCAGCUGCUUUAUUCCAAUGACUACUCAAAAUGCUCGUACUUAUGUUUUCUUUGUGUUAUUGGGUAUGGGGAUAUGUUCUGCAGCUAGAACACUCCUAAAUUAUGAAGAGCCAGUCCACGUGCCUGCUAUCAACUAUGGGGCAGGCCAUGGCAUUGGGGGCGGUGCUGGAUCAGGGUAUGGCGGCGGUGCUGGAGGUUAUGGUGGCGGAGGAGGUGCAGGAAGUGGUGGUGGCUAUGGAGCUGUAGGAGAGCAUGGUGCUGCUGGAUAUGGAGGUGGUAGUGGUGGUGGAGAAGGCGGUGGUGUUGCCUACGGACAUGCUGGUGGACAUGGUGGUGGCGGCGGUGGAGGCAGUGGUGGUGGUGGUGCAUAUGGUGUCGGGGGUGCAGGAGGGUAUGGAAGUGGGGGUGGUGAAGGUGGUGGGGCUGGCUACGGUGCUGGUGGAGAACAUGGGGCUGGUGGUGGUGGAGGAGGAGGUGCCGGUGGUGGCGGAGGAUCCGGAUAUGCUGGAGAGCAUGGCGGUGGUUAUGGAGGAGGAGAAGGUGGUGGUGCAGGUGGAGGUUAUGGCGCUGGUGGAGAACAUGGUGGAGGAUAUGGCGGUGGUGGUGGGCAUGGUGGUGGUGCUGGAGGAGGUUAUGCUGCUGGAGGAGCAAGUGGAGGAGGAUAUGGGAGCGGUGGAGGAGCUGGAGGUGGAGUUGGUGGUGGUGGUGGCGGUGGCUAUGCAGGUGGUGGUGGUGGUGGUGGAGGUUCUGGUGGCGGCAGCGGCUAUGGUGGAGCGCAUGGAGGAGGAGGUGGGGGUGGUGAAGGUGGUGGUCACGGUGGUUAUGUUCCUUGAAAUUACCUUCACUUCUUUGUCACUAAAGAUUUGUAUCACCUUACCUUAUAAAGCUAUUAAUAGUACUAAAUGGGAAAACAAAAUAAGGUAAACAUAACGGUAAGUGGAUAUGUAUUACUUUGAGCGUAUUACGAAUCCCAGUUGUAUGCUACCAAAAAGGUUGUAUGUAUUCAUGAUAUAUGAGGAUUCUUGAUGACUGUUCUUCGAAA